AUGUGGAACGGAGAGCUCCUCACCCAACCCAAUGAGCAUCCAUGGAUUGGAAAAAUUGAAGCUAAUGAUGGUGCCCGAAGACUCCUAUGUGUGGCAGUCCUCAUAGGUGCCCGACAUGCGUUAACAGCUUCUCGUUGUGUCCAUGAUCCCAGUGUGGAAAUAAAGGACCUCGUUUUUGGUGACUGGAGCUCCGGAAACACAAGCACGUACAUAACUGCUAAAGCAACGCAGAAAGUUCCGGUCAAUCAGAUAAUAAUUCAUCCGGACUACAAGUAUGGAGAGUUUGGGAAUAAUGUGGCCAUCAUAGAGCUAAAGGAAAACGUGGUUAACACCGACUUUGUUCAAUCCAUAUGCCUGCCUACGGAUGAGCAUCAAAAAUACAGUGAGGAUCUUACCGUAGCCGGUUAUGAGAGACCUUUCUUAGAAGCUAUUCCUCUGGAAACCAGAAGAAUAAAGCUUCCUCUUGAGUCUAGCACCAGCCAAGAGUGUCGGACACAGUUUGAAAAUUUCCCGAAGGAAUUCACUUGCGGCCACACCAGUCGUAUGCCACUUUCCGGAUCUGCCCUGGUCGUAGCUGUGGGGAAUCCCAAGAAAUUUAAACUGAUAGGCAUUGUAGUGGGCGGUUUUCGUUCCUCGUCCGGAAAAAAAGAUAUGCAGAUACACAUAAAAAUACUAUCCCAGUUGGAUUGGAUUCUGAGAAAUACCAGCGAAUGA